UGAUAACUAGAAAUACCAGUUCCAAGCCAAUCGCCUACACGUGAUCAUAAAGCCAAAAGUGGGAGUGGGGUUUGGAGUAAUUUAAAGAUUCUUCAACUUUGUAUGACUUUCGAACUCAUCAGAGUUUCUCGAAAUCGUUGAAGAGCUGCCAACCGAUUAUUUUUCAAAAUGUCCGAAAUCAAAGCAAUUCUCUGCCCGGAGGCUUGUGCUUUUCCUCCAGGGCUUUUUCAUCAUGCAAAGAUCCAUAACGGUGUCGUAUACUGCGCGGGUCAAGUCGGUGCCGACGUCGAAGGCAAAUUAGUUUCUGAAGACGUAGCGGCUCAAACAGAGAAGACUCUGUCAAAUCUCAAGGCUAUCUUGGAAAGUGCAGGGAGUGGGUUGGAGAGAGUGUUGAAAGUGAACAUUUACAUGCCCGAACAAGCGGACUAUGCGGCCAUGAAUGAAAUUUAUAAGAAGCUUAUGCCAGAUCCAAAGCCGCCUAGAGCUUGCGUCUUUGUAAAGGGACUUCCAGGUGGGGCGAAGGUGGAAAUUGAGUUUAUCGCUGCUCAGUCAUAGGAAUUAGAUGUCUUGGAGAAGAAGCUUUGCGUGCGAAGAUGUAGUAGACUGUGUUCAUACAUAUGCAAAAAAACCCUGUAUUUUCAAGCCACCACCUCUUCACCAAGGUCCUUACUUGCAUAUGAGAGUAAAGCACUAGCCACGGCCGAAACUCCAAAUUGAAGUUAUCUUGAAAUCCGCAUAGUGUUAGAAAUAUAGUUAUCAAAG